UAUCCGAACAGCUUCAUGUAUGUAACACGCGUUUUGUGGAAGGUCCGUUUGUCCGCUGCUGAAGAUCUUGCACGCUGUAAUUCCGCAACCUAAUAACACACUUAAAACAGAAAAAAUGGAGCAAUCAGACUUGCCAAACGUGUACGUUGGAGGACUUCACUUCAAGACAACCAAAGAAACACUCAUCGCCCACUUCUCAAAGUACGGAGAUGUUAAGUCGGCUGUGGUAAUUACUGAACCUGGACCAGAAGGAAAGAGCAAAGGUUACGGAUUUGUAAACUACUUCAACGUUGAGGACAGAGAUAAGGCUCUGGGUGUUUCUCAUGAACUCGACGGCAGACCAUUGUCGUGCUCAGUUGCUAAAGAGAGCAAUAAGAACAGAAGUAUGGGUGGCAUGGGCGGAAUGGGAGGCAUGGGCGGUAUGGGUGGAAUGGGAGGCAUGGGUGGUAUGGGCGGAGGAAUGGGUGGAGGCAUGGGAGGUGGAAGUAUGUACGGAGGUGCACCUCAGUACGGAGCCAAGGAUGAUGACGCUAAGAAAGUCUUUAUUGGAGGUCUUCACGCAAACACGGAAACACACGACAUCGAUGAGAUCCUGAGCGAGUUUGGAAAGGUUAGCUUCACAAUUAUCAAGAAGGAUCGGGAGACGCAACGUUCAAGAGGAUUUGGUUUUGUGACUUUCGAGAAAGCAGAAGAUGCAGCGAAGGCGAGGAAACAACAAUACGUCAGCAUCUUAGACAAACGAGUGGAGAUCAAGUCUGUUAAUUCCAACUCCGGCCAGUCACAAGGAGGAUUUGGUGGUAGCUAUGGCAACGGUAAUAUGUUCAAUCCAGGAGGAAGCGGUUAUGAGAACAACAGCUAUCAAUACGGCAGCGGGGGUGGUGGUGGUGCUGGGUACCAGGGAUACGGCGGCGCUAAUUCCUCUAACUGGCAGAGUCAGGGAAGCUCUUGGCAAGGUGGUGGCGGCGCCGGAGGAGAUUCCUCAUGGAAUAGCACUGCCUACGGCAGUACCCCAGGCACUUAUGGUGGUGCUAGUACCGGUACAUACGGCGCUAACAGCACCAAUACCUAUGGGAACAUGACGAGCGGUCAGACCCAGCCGUAUAGCGGACAAGGUGGGUACGGUGGAUAUAGCGGAGCAUCAACCGCUGGACAGAACGACGGCACCAACUACUGGUAAAUACCAAACCUCUGACUUGGUAUGACACCUGGGAAUGGGUUUGAGGAUGGUUCAAGUGAGUAGGGGGGGGGGGGGGGUGAGUAAGGAGAGAAAGUACUUCAGUAAUGGAGUCAAUGAUGGGAAAGAGAUCUGGUUGUAUUACUCGCCCACUUGUAGUUUUAGACGUCAGGAGGGAAAUGGGGGAACAGUAGAAUCUAGUUUGUUAAUACAAAAUCCAGUAGAUUGUAGAAAGUGAGACUGUUUAAUUAUAUACCACUGUAUGUAACGGUCUUGACAGAAUUGUAUUGUAUUAAAUGGUUUCCAAGGGCUUGACUUGAUCUUCAUAAAGUUUCACUGGUUUUAGUUUUGGCACAACACACUUUUAAAACACUCUGAUACCUUUGUCCAAUAUUCCUAACUUGAAUGAAUGUUGAUAACUGCCUACAGUUCUGAUUAAGAUGUGGUGGAUUGCUAACCAUUUUGAGUCAUAUUGCCAGUUUUCAGUUUGCAAAAUUAAAAAAAUCGAUCAAGAUAAAAAGUAAAACCAUGAAUCCACAAAUGGACAGCCCUUGGAAUCCAUACGCCACAAAGAGAAAUUCUUCAUCAUUUCCAACUCAAAUUGAGAACUAACAACUGAUACAUUUGUUUGGUCUUGGACAAACAAACAAAAUUCUCUUUGUUUAAAAGAAUUGAAUUUCUCUUUGUGGCGUGCUUCAAUCUUAUUAUCUUAUGUAACAAUAACUGAAUUAUAUUGGGCAGAAUUGUUUUCUUUCAAAGUUUAGAGUUAUAAUUUUUUCACAAACUUGUAUUAAAAUUGUCAGCGUUUUGUAAAAAUCAUCACCACAUUCCUGCAACUGUUUAUUCUUUGUUUCAAUGUCAGCAUCAUAAAUACCUUGUUUGUUAUAACAUCAGUCGUACAUUUUGAAACAAGAUGAUUAGACUGUUGUACCUUCCAACCUCGCUUUGGUUCUUUGUGGUGAUUUCUACAAAUCCUGCUUUUUGUGUGAAUGUCUGUUGAUAAUAUGUUCAUCUUGGUGUUCCUUAUAACUAUUCAGAAAAUCUCUAUGAAAAAUGGAUGCUUUCCUGAUUUUUCUCUAUUUCUCGCUCUUAAAAAAAAACCUCCCCUUUGGAAAUUCUGGAUUAUUGACUCCCUACAGUUUUCUUAAAGUAACACGUACAUAUAAUGAUCUAUUUUCAUGUAUUUUAAUUACAUCAAGAGUUAAUAGGAUUGCCAGAUGGUCAUCAUUUCUAAAUGAGUUUUAUUUUAAUGGUUAAAAAUUAAGAAUGGUUAAGAGUUUCACAAUAAUAUUAAUUGAAUCGGGCAUUUCAGUUCAAUUCAUCGCAUCAUAAUGUUGACUUUUUUUAUAAUGUUUGAAUUUGAUUGUUUUUAUUUGGUUUUCUGACAAAUUAAUGUUGAUUUUGGAUUCUAAAAUGUUCUUCUAUUUGGUGGUUACACAAAUUAACUGAUGUUAUGGUAUGUUAUGGUAAAAAGUCAGAUUGUUGUUGCAUUAACGGUCAAUUAUAUCUUCAACACCUUAGAGUCCUUUGAUUAUGAACAGGAAAACAUGUUUGGAAAACUCCUAUGUAAAUACGUUUAGAUUUUUCUUGCUUAACAGUAGCACAUUAUAAAUGAUUAGUUUUUUUGUUGAAUGUUUAGUUUUUCAGUCGCAGACGCUUUAUAGAAAAAUUAUUCAAUCAAAUACAAAACACAAGUAUGCUGAUUCGUUUGACCAAUAAAAAAGCACUUUUAGUAUUUUAAUGAGUAAUUUGUUGGCAUUUAAUCAAACUGCGUAUUUGUAAUGAGAAAGUGCCUGUUACUACUAGCCGGUUAUAAAGUCGAUAACAUCGUCUCCAGAAUGCACUUGUACAUGUACAUUAAUACUUUCAGUUAGUUUGUUCAUGAGAUGAGAUAACCAUAUUUUAUUACCUUCAUAGAUUCGAAAUUCAGGUCGUUGAUAAUAAAUAUGUACUACUAUAAUUAUUUCUCAGCAAGUUAAGUAGAAGAAUUAUAUAAUAUGCAAAAGUCUGAUUGGAACCAAUUGUUGGUUGGUACUACAUGUAGUUGGUAUGGACCAUGGUCGUAAGUUUAACACUUCUUAAAAUUUAAGGGAAAAGAGCUUGGGUAAAAGACAACAGUACACUUUGUUUAUAGAAUACGUAACUGCCAUUAUACGAUUGAAAGGGUUGUUGUCUUGCUACACAUCAGCGUACAUCAGCGUCUUUAAUGUCGUUGUUGUUAACACGAGUAUGUGAGACUAGCUUCUGCGAUUGUUUAAUUACAUCAUUCAGUUUGCUUAUCUAGUUUUUAAGAACAAGUACAAGUGUACUGGUUGCUGAUUUUACUAGCGGUAGUUCAGUGGCCAUGUAUUCACCAUAGCUAUGUGGUUAAUUCCAUCAUCCACUGCGUAUAUUUUUCUGUAACCCAUGUGUUUAUAUUGGAUACAGGCUUGUGUGAAGAAAAUGUGUUAAGAACGAGGUCUCAGGGCUUUAAAAAAAAAUAAGAUUUCACUCUUUGCUUCAAUUUUUUUAUCAAAAAUAUAAAUAACGAUAUGAAUUAUAUCGGUUUAAAGAAGAUCGGGCGGUGUUAACAACAAACAAGUGAAGGGUACAUUUUGGUAUCUUUUUCAUUACUUGCAUAAUUUGUUCCUUGUUUUGUCAGCCUGGUACUUUGCUUCUGUGCACAAACCUUCAAUUUGAAUUGCAUUAAAGGCAAGUACCAAGCUUGAAGUUCAUCUACUCUUUCGUUUACAAAUACUGUUUCUUUUUACCAAGACCACCAAAGUGGUAAAGUUUGUUGAUGUUGUGUAAAUUUGGCAUUAGGAAAUGAGUAAUAACAGUUCGUUAAUUAUGUCUCAUUAAUUUUUCAUGAUUAUAUUUAUCGUUUUAAGGUUUCCUAUUUCUUAAAAGUUUGACAUUUCAAAGACCUAAGUAAUUUUCACCCAAAAAAGGAUGAAAGUUAAAAAUGGAUUUCACUUUGUACCUGUAUAAAUCACUAUUUCUGUUACUUUGUAGACUUGUUAACAAUUUACCAUCCAGAGUUGGCGCGUGGUCUUCUUAUAAAAGGUAUCUGUGUAAAAAGAUUAAGCUAGAUACAGUAAACCUUCAUGCCAAAUUAAAAUAAUGGUUUGGGAUCUAAUUUUUAUGCAAACCAGUUUUAAAUGAAGAUCUAAAAACAAAUUAGUUUCAUUGUUUCCUAGGAAUAACCUAAUUUUACCUGAUUUUUUUUUCCAUAAAAGAAGAAAAGAUAGUAUGAUAUGAAGUAAAUGUAAACCAUAAUUGAUCAACGUUUGAUAAAGUCUAGAUCAAUGCAUUGAGAACCCCAAAACUGGCAAACUGCAUUUUAAUGUAUUUACACGGCUACUCUCACCACUUGUGUGUUUUUACUUCAAUAUUGAGUAAAGACAAAAACCAUUUCACCACACCAUGGCCAUCCUUGUCUGAACUCCUUUCUUUUACAUUGUGACUUACUCAAAGUGCAAACAUGGAAGCAGACUAUUUUCUGU